AUGGCCAAGAUCACGACAGCCUCUCUCCUCGCGUCCCUAUGCGGGCUUCUCGUGUCCGGGCAGGGCCUGCACGAGUUGGCAGUCAAGAACGGCAAGCUCUUCUUCGGCACCGCGACGGACACGAACCUGUUCGGCGAUGCCGCGUACAUGGCCGUGCUCAACCGCACCGGCGAGUUCGGGCUGGUGGUACCCGAAAACAGCCAGAAAUGGGACGCGACGGAGAAGACGCAGGGCCAGUUCCAGUUCAAGAACCCUGACGCUGUGGUCGCUGUCGCGCAGGCGAAUAAACAGAUGAUGAGGUGUCACGCCCUGACGUGGCAUUCUCAACUUCCUGCUUUUGUUUCCCAAGGCACGUGGACCCGCGAAACACUCACCCCCGUCAUCGAAGCGCACGUGUCCAACGUCGUAGGCCACUACAAAGGACAAUGCUACUCGUGGGACGUCGUAAACGAGGCGCUCGCCGACAACGGCACGCUCCGCGACAGCGUCUUCUCGCGCACGCUGGGCGAAGACUUCAUCCCCAUCUCCUUUAAAGCCGCCGCGGCCGCCGACCCCGGCGCGAAGCUGUACUACAACGACUUCAGCCUCGAAUUCAACUCCAAAAAGACGGACGGCGCCGUCAAGAUCGUGUCGGACCUCAAAGCGGCAGGGGUGAAAAUCGACGGCGUCGGGUUCCAGGGCCACUUCGAGGUCGGCAAGACGCCGUCGCAGGACACGCUGUCCAAGGUGAUGUCGCGGUUCAUAGACAUGGGUCUCGAGGUGGCGCUCACGGAGCUGGAUAUCCGUCACAACAAGUUACCUGCCGACGACGCCGCGGUGCAACAGCAAGCAAAAGACUACGCGAGCGUCGUCAAGACGUGCGUCGACACGAAGCAGUGCGUCGGAGUAGUCGUGUGGGAGUUUACGGACAAGUACAGCUGGAUCCCCUCAACAUUCCAAGGGCAGGGCGACGCGUGCUUGUUUGACAAGGACAUGCAGCCCAAACCGGCGUACGCGAGUGUGAUGGCGGCUCUGGGUGCCGCCGGGGCGAAUGCGACGGUGAAGACCACUACAGGUGGUGGUGGUGGUGGUGGUGGUGGUUCCUCCGAAUCGGCUUCGGGAGCUGGCGCCGGUGUCGGGACCGAAGGCGGAGGAGGAUCCUCGGAUGGUGGGGCGGCUAAAGGAGCUAUGGCCGCUGUGGAGUCGGCACCUGCCUCUUCUGGCGCAGUGCGGUCCAGAUCCCUGGGGAUGGUGGUCUCAGCGGUGAGGGCGCUGAAAGGCCUCGGUAAACGCUUCCCAUUCUCCAACAUCACCAAAACACCAUCACCCAGCCGCCAAUUCCCAUACCUCAACCUCAACCUCAAAAUGGUGUUCCUCAAGGCGCUAACAGCCACCGCCCUCGCUGCGGGUCUGGCCCAAGCUUCCCUCCCUGGUCUCGACCGGAUUCCUCCCCUCGGUCUGGGAACCUGGUUGAGCGACAAGUCCAAGGUCGCCCACGCCGUGGAGUUUGCGCUGGGCGAAGCGGGAUACGACCACAUUGACGCCGCCCUCAUCUACAGAAACGAGGAUCAAACCGGCAAGGGCAUCGCCGCCUCUGGCGUCGCGCGCGAGAACGUCUGGGUGACGUCGAAGCUGUGGAACUCUGACCACCGCGCCGAGCAGGCCGAGGCCGCCAUCCACAAGUCCCUCAAGGACCUCGGCGUCGAGUACCUCGACCUGUACCUGAUCCACUGGCCCGUCGCCUUCCUCCCGGGCGAGGGCACCAAGCUCGACAAGGAGACCACCAUCGUCGACACGUGGAAGACGCUCGAGGGCUUCGUCAAGGCGAACCUGACGCGCCACAUCGGCCUCUCCAACUUCGCCAGGGCGGACGUCGAGAAGAUUCUCGAAAUCGCCGAGAUCAAGCCCUACGCCCACGAGUUCGAGACCCACCCUUACCUCCAGCAGCAGGACUUCGUCGACUGGCACAGGGAGAAGGGCAUCGAGGUCAUCGCCUACUCGCCCCUCGCCAACACGAACCCCACCUACCGCGACGACGUCCCCGCCAUCACCGACGACGAGUUCUGGAAGGGCAUCGCCGAGAGGAAGGGCGUCAGCGUCUUCCAGGCCGUCCUGGCCUGGGGCGUCCAGCGCGGCACCAGCGUCAUCCCCAAGAGCACCAAGGACUCACACAUCGUGUCGAACCGCAAGGCCCUCGAGAUCAAGUUCACCGACGAGGAGCUCAAGGAGAUUGCCAAGCACGACAAGAAGCACCGCCUGAGCAACCCCAGCAAGAACUGGGGCGUAAAGCUGUUUGCUGACCUUGACGACCCCGUCAAGCACGAGGAGGAGAAGAGCGAGGAGUUGUAA